CUUCUGUCAGGUGCUGGGGCCGGAAGAUGGCGGCGGCUGCCGAGUUGAAGCUGCUGGAGAAGUCGCUGGGGCUGAGUAAGGGUAAUAAGUACAGCGCUCAGGGCGAGCGACAGAUUCCAGUUCUUCAGACAAACAAUGGCCCAAGUUUAACAGGAUUGCUAACAAUAGCAACUCAUCUAGUCAAGCAAGCCAACAAGGAACAUUUUCUGGGAAGCACAGCAGAAGAAAAGGCAAUGAUUCAGCAGUGGUUGGAGUACAGGGUCACACGAGUAGAUGGACACUCUAAUAAGGAAAAUGCCCACACACUCCUGAAGGAUCUUAAUUCAUAUCUUGAAGAUAAAGUCGACCUUACAGGAUACAACCUUACCUUAGCAGACAUCCUAUUGUACUAUGGACUUCAUCGCUUUAUAGUUGACCUGACAGUGCAAGAAAAGGAGAAAUACCUUAAUGUGUCUCGCUGGUUUUGUCACAUUCAGCACUAUCCAGGCAUCAGGCAACAUCUGUCAAGUGUUGUCUUCAUCAAGAACAGACUAUAUGCCAACUCUCACUAGAAGUUACGCAUGGCCUACAGAAGUGUGAUUAAAAGUGUUUAAAUGGAAAGUGUAUUCUUUACACAGGACUAACAAAUAUGCAGUCAUUGUUUAUUUAUUGGAGCUGGUAGAAUUUUUAGAAGCAUAAA